CGUAGUCUCCCGGAGAAUGUGGAGGAGAGAACCCACGUCUGCGGCGUACCCCUCACGUGACUUCGUCUGCUGCUGGCUGAGUGAAGCGUGUUAGCAGUUUUUUCUAUUUUGUACAUACAUAGUUUUGUAUAUACUGUAUAUGAUGACCUCGCUGGGCGGCGACAAGGCCCGAGGCCCUCGGGACAAAGCGCUGCCUGCUUCCACACACAUCACCCAACCACAGAAACAGCUCCAGGCAACCGCUGAGCAGAUCCGGCUCGCCCAGAUGAUCUACGACAAGAAUGAUGCCGACUUUGAGGGCAAAGUUAACCAGUUGAUGGAGGUGACGGGGAAGAACCAGGACGAGUGCAUGGUGGCACUCCACGACUGCAACGAGGAUGUCAACAGAGCCAUAAACUUCCUCCUGGAGAGCACUUCUGACACGACCUCCUGGGAGACAGUGGGGAAGAAGAAGCCCCUGGUGAAGGACGGCCCGUCGGAGGGCAAGGAGAACAAGGAGAACCGGGAGAAGAGGGCAGAGAGGGAGGGCAGCCGGGGGCGAGGGGGCGCCAACCGGAGGGGCAAGGGGGCCAGUCGCAACCGGCAAGGGCGGCCGGAGGAGAACGGCGUGGAGGUGGCCCCGGUAGAGAGGGUGGAGAGCUCGGCCGAGCGAGGCCGCAGGGGAAGAGGGCGAGGUGAGUGCAUAGGCUGCCCCUUCGGCAGCUCAGGGCCCGUACACGCUCUCUUUGGCCAAGGAUCGGGAGGCCGAGGUAGAGGCAGGGGGCCACCAGUGAGCAGGUUCUCCGCCCAGGGAAUGGGGACCUUCAACCCAGCGGACUACACCUCCGAAAGAAGUGCGGGGACCACACAGGGAGAAGCGUGGGAGACGGGGGCCAACAACAACAGCACAGAUGGGACAGUUGCCUGGAGAAGCACCAUGGACGACUGGGCCGCCGAGGACUGGAGCGAGGACGUAAGUCUCUCUGAGACCAAAGUGUUCACCUCCUCCUGUGCGCCUGCUGCUGAGAACCACAUCACGACUGGGCAAAGUGUGGACCUGGCUACCCUGCUGCAGAAGCCUGUGGGGGUACGAGGAGGAGAGGAGGGGGGUAUCAAAGCCCCCUCGGCCCAGAACUUGGUCUUCACCAACUCCCACCACCCCCCGGGCCAAACCCGCAACGGGACGGGCAUGAGUACAGGCACCACCAGCUACGCACACGCUGCCCUGUCCUCGGUGCUGGGCGCAGGGUUCGGGGACCUGGGCCAGUCCAAGAGGAGUCAGUCCAGUCCUGGGGCCCAAAUCCUGGAGCAGCUCAAGGGGCCGGGCCUGGGGCCCCUGCCCUCCUCUCAGGCCCCCCCACCCAGCACACAGCUGGGCAGCCCCCUGGGGAGGCUGCCUGGGCUGGGGGCUCACGGGGCCCCACCCUCCACGUCCAGCUGGGAUAUUAAGGGCUCGGAGCCCAGCGCCUCCCAGUUUAGCCGGGAGUUUGCCCUGCAGCCCGAACCCUCCCUGGUGCUGAGCCAGCUGGGCCAGAGACACUCCGGCCCCCCCCUGCCCCUGGCCUGCCAGCCGCAGCCCCCCACCUCCUCCGCCCCCUCCCAGCAGACUGCGGCCGGUGCCGAGGUCUCCGCCGCCGCCACCUCGCCCGCCCAGGAAGGACCCUUGCUCACGGCCAGCGGCUCCAAGACUGCCCCCAGCGUAGGGCCGGACCCUCAGGGCAGCAACACGCCGCAGCAGCAGCGGGCACAGCUAAAGGUCCAGAAACGAAGGAUACCUCCCUCCUCGAAGAUCCCCUCCUCCGCAGUGGAGAUGCCCGGCUCGGCUGACGUCCCCGGCCUCAACCUGCAGUUCGGGGCCCUGGACUUUGGCUCGGAGUCGGCACUGCCGGACUUUGGCUCGGCGGACAACUGCGGUGGCGUGGGGUCCAGGGAGUCCCCCCCUGCCCCGACACCCGCCCCCCAGAACCAGAGCAGCCUCUAUUCCAAACCUCACAGCGAGUCUUUAGUCGGCCCACUCUCAUCCUCGGAGCCCAUCUAUCCCUCCCCGUCGGUGGCCAUGCCCAGCCUGGCCCCCUCCUUGUUGGGCACGGCCAGCUCUGUGACCCCCUCCUCCUCCUCCACCCCCUCCUCGGUCCCCUCCUCCUCGCCCUUUGUCUCAGCGGCGAGCGACUAUGACUGCGGCGUGGCUCCUCACUCACGUCUGGCCUUCUCUCAGAGCAAAGAGAACCCGGGACCGGUCAUGAAUGGUCUGAAUGGUGUAAGGAGCGCAGCUGCUCUCGACAAACACGGCUCCGCGACUUUCACCGUGCGUUCUGUCGCUCUCUCCCUGCCAGCCCCGUCAGUGGCGUCCACACCAAAGUCCGAGUCUCCGGCGUCUCUGAGCCUCAGCACCAGCAGUGCCCCCCCCGCCCACAUGCCCCCCUCCCACAGCGCCGCGCUCUCCAGCCUGGCGACCGACAUGACGUCGGCCAGCCUAGCACAACUCAACAGCCAUGUCAGUAAUAGUCAUUCCUCAGUCUCAGCUCUCGGAUCCAGCUCCCUCACGUACACCAGUGUGGACAGCAACGUGAGCUCUCUGGCGCCCCUGUCGGGCUCCUCCUUCUCGUCGGCUCCGCCUCCCUCGGCCCACCUGGUCAACAGUAGCAUAAGCCAGCUGGGUCACAUGAGCAGCAUGAUGAGCGGGGCCGGGGGGGUCCACGCCGCCCUGGGCCUGGGCCCGAACGGAACCGGCUCCAACCUCAACACCCCCAGGACCGCCCCGCUGCUCUCCUCCUCCACUGGGAAAGCUCCCCCUAACUUGUCCCAGGGGGUUCCCCCGCUGCUGCCCAACCAGUAUAUCAUGGGUCCAGGAGGGCUGCUGCCAGCCUACCCACAGAUCUACGGAUAUGAGGACCUCCACAUGUUACAGUCCAGACUGCCAAUGCCCUCUUUGCAGGAUUACUAUGGAAUCACAUUCCCGGGCCCCACAGCUCUCUCUGGUAGAGAUGGAAGCCUUGCCAAUAACCCUUACUCGGGUGAAGUCACCAAGUUUGGCCGUGGUGACUCCACCUCCCCAGCCCCCCCCACCAGCCUGUCUGCCCCCCAGGCCCCCCAGGGCCAGAACCAGGGCCAGAGCCAGCCCCCCCAGCCCCAGGGCCAGCCCCAGGGCCAGCACCACAGCAGCCAGCAGGCCUUCCUGCCUCCGGGCUACAGCUACACGGGCCUGCCCUACUACGCCGGCAUGCCCAGCGCCGUGCCCAGCGCAGCCUUCCAGUACGCCCCCACCAUGUUCGUGCCCCCGGGCAGCCAGGGGCCGUCGUCGGCCAAGCAGCACGGCAUGGGCCUUGGCCUGGGGAACCCGUCGGCCAGCCCCUUCCAGCAGCAGCAGCAGCAACAGCAGGCCAGCAGCUACGGCCAGCACACCUUCAGCUCAGGGUACGAGGACCUGACCCAGGGGCCAGCAGGAGGGGACUACAGCAAAGGCUACAGCAACUCCUCCCAGACACAGGCCAAAUCUACUGCUACAGGCCCUGGAAAAGGUGUCUCUGUGACAUCAAGCAACUCUGGAGUGCCAGACAUCAGUGGAACUGUUUACAACAAGACCCAGUCCUUUGAUAAGCAGGGUUUCCAUGCGGGGACCCCCCCACCCUUCAACUUGCCGUCAGCACUGGGAGGCCCGGGGCCCCUCAACCCUGGAGGAGCCCCUGGAGGCUACGCUCCGGCCCCCUUCCUCCACAUCCUCCCCGCCCACCAGCAACAACACUCCCAGCUGCUGCACCACCACCUGGCCCAGGACGGACAGGGCGGACCAAGUCAACGUGGCCAGUCCAGCAGCAUGCAGCAGAAGAGCCAGGUCAACAAGUCCAGCUAUGGCAGCUCCCCAUACUGGGCCAACUGAGACUCCGCUGACACAUCCGACUGAUCAGACCGUAGAGGGACAAACCAUUUUACAGCACCAAGCUAUAAACACACUACUACCACCCCCCACCCCCCCUCCCACUUACUCAAUAUCUCCCCUUUCAAAUUUAUGGCUGUUGUAUGUAAAAUAUAUUUAUGUAUGUAUUUAUACAGUAUAUAUAUAUGUAUUGGUAGGACAUGAAAUGUGGUUUUCUGCAUUUGUACAUUUUUUUUUUUAUUUCGAAGGAUGUUUCGUUUUAUUUCCAAAAAAGCGAUAAUUGUGGAAUGAGAAUGAAUAAUCAUGGAAUUAAUUAUGAAGUUGAUGGUAAAUAUACUUGAACAUGAACAAGCAUCAUGUGACGUGGUCGAUUUACUUAUUUUUACGUAUGCAUAGAUUAAGCCUUUUUAAAAACAUUUUGUAACUUUGGUCUCCCCCAUCUGUGAACAUUUUCUAUUGAGGGUGACUUGAUAGCUUGACAUUUUCUUUCUGCCCCAUUUUCCCUCCAUUUGUGACUCCCUUUCUAGUUGGCUGACGUGACCAGCCAUGCCUUGGAUUUGAUGUCAGUUUAAAAUUGGUUUAAUCCUCGUUGUCCAAUGAAAUAAAAGUUCUGAACAGUUA